AAAUCUCUAGAUAUAAAACGUAGUUUUCAUCUCAUAGUGACACGAUCAAAUUUAACAAGAAGAUAAAUCUAACUCAGUCUUUAACAGGGUGUAAUAGAAAGUAAUCCAGCAUGAAAUUCGCGCUGUGCGCUGCCCUCGUGCUAGUGCUCGCGGCAUCGGCAAAUGCCAAGCCCGCCGAAGUUUCUGCAAGGGUGACUGGUGAGGAAGUCAACGCAUAUGUCGAUCUUGUGAUAGAAGAGGUAAAAAGGCUCAUGAUUGAACAGGGAAUGGAGCCUUACAUGCUGCCGGACCUCGUCAGGGGCUUCUCGUUCACGGACUUGCUCGGCAUUACAUGGCACGGUGAGGCCUCUCUGACAAGGGGGAACCUUAUGGGGUUGCUCACCCUUAUCCGAGUGGGUGACAUGGACAUCAUCCCAGAGGGCAACAAUUUGACUUGCAAGGGACGGCUUGGGUUCACUAAUCUUCAGUUUGACUACUUUUUUGAGGCCACGUUCAUGGAUCUCGGACCGACUGGCGAAGCUAUCGGCAUUAUUAAAAAUACGGAGCUCGCAGUCACCAUUGUCAUCGACCUGACGACAGGAGCAGUGACGCUGGUCGAAGAGGACUUCAACAUCGCCAAUGUCGGAAACAUCAGCAUUGACAUCAAGGGACUUGGCUGGGGACUUAACUUUUUAGCCGAAAUUUUCGUCAACCUGUUCGUGGAUGUGUUCAAGAGUGUCAUUAUCUGGCUGAUUGAAGACGAAGUAUUCCGCCUGCUUCAACAGGCCAUCGCGAAUAUUGCAUUUGGAUUUUUCCUCGCCUUGUAAUCUGAAUUUGCAAAUAAUGAACAAUAUUCCUACAAAAUAAUAAUUAAUUUCCUUCAAAUUUUAGCAAGAUAAAUAGCUCGCAUGAAAUAAAUGAAAAUUGGCGUUUUUCUAUGUAAAAUAAAUUUUCUUAAUUAGAAAACUAUUAUUCAGUAAAAAUUAUUGAAUAAUCUGCAGUCAUUUUAUCUUUCACAGAUAAUUUUAUAAAUUUCAGAUUUUAUUAUUCCAAUGAAACUGAUCCCGUUCUUCCUAUUAUUCCGGAAUGUUAAGUGCCUUUGAAGUUAUGCGUUCAGUGCGUGUCUUUUAGUAGUGAGAGAGUGAAGCUCGGAUGAGAUGUAAUUUGUUGUUGCGUUGUUAUCUUAUUAUGGCUCGAUCAAAUCAAAUAUUUAUCUUAUCUUUCAGUACAACAACAUAAUAUCGCAUGCAAAAUAUAGAAAUCAAUUUGAUCAACACCGCUGGUCACCUAUUGAUCUCUUCAAUCUGAAAAUUUUUGAUAUCCAGUUCGAUUAAAUUUAAUAAAAUAAAUGUUUUAUAAUAUUAAGCUGGAGCUUGUGUAGAAUUUUUAUUAAAAAAAAUGAUUAAGUCCCUGA